UGUGCACCUCAAGCACUGACCAAGUCCUCAGCUCUCGCAUUUAGGAUCGAGCACUCAUGGAGAUGUCUGACGAUGGCUUUGCCCUCUCUGUGCAACAACCAUAUGCUGGUCUGCUAGUGGCCGGCAUCAAAAAGCACGAAGGGCACGCUUGGUUUACAACAUACAGGGGCCGUCUGUGGAUCCAUUCAGCCAGCAAGCAGCCAACCCAGGAGGACAUCAGUAAAGUGGUUGACAUCUAUCGCAAGAUUGUCGAAGGGACGGGAGAAAUUGUUAGUUUUCCAGAUGAGUACCCAACAAGCUGCCUUUUGGGAUGUGUCAACCUUGUUGAGUGCCUGCCCUAGGACAUCUAUCAUAAAC